GGUAAAGGAGGGUUUAAUACCACGUUGAAAGUCAGUCUAUUGACCGAUGAGAAUGACGAGAUUUACUGCGGAAUCAAUAAAGGUGUUAAGGGUGAACGCUCGGUCUCGUUGGCUAUAAGGCCUCAUAAAAAUUUGGAAUUAACUGAUGAUAAAAAUUAUUAUUUAACGUGCGAACAAUCCGGUGGCGGCACAUAUAAAGUGAUAUUAAAACUACUGGAUAUGAGUGGUCAGAGAGCGGGCCGUAUAUUACUCGGCAAUACGUAUAUAUUGCGGGCACAACUCACACCAUAUGAUAGCAUAACAUCUUUACGUAUAAAAAACUGUUUUGCAUUCACUGGCGACACGGGAACUGGAGAUCAGGUCCAACUGAUCGACCCGUACGGGUGUCCGGCGCCGGCGGCCGACGCUCUGAUCUCGCCCUUCAACCACAACACCACACAUACAGCCGAAGCCGUAUUGUAUGAGAUGUUUAAAUACCCGGACACUAAUAAACUGAACAUACAUUGCGACCUAUACUGUGUCGGGGCGGCUGAGCCGGUGUGCGACUCACCCGGUUAUAAGGGUAGGGAUUUAGCUCUUGAUGGGUAUUCACAACUGUCGGCCUCCACCUCGAUGUUUGUUUUUGAGCCAACAGAUGAUUUACUUACACAUGAUAAUCUGUCCGAGUGUACUGAAUGGAGAUUCCCAUGGUUAAUUACCCUGUGCAUAGUGUUGGCCGUGUUAUUGCUAUUAAUGUUAUUGUUAAACAUGUUCAUGUGCUCAUCGCUCAGUUGCCGGUGUAUUAAAACUGAGAUCGUCGAACAGGAACCGGACGAGACAGUCGACGACUACGACCCAUACCGGGCCGACUGGACGGCCCCCAACUCCCGUUACGGGUCACGCAAUUCACUGAACAAAGGCUAUCCCGAGGGGACACUUAAGUCAAACAAAUCACAGCCAAAGUCCUAUCACUUGGGCUAUGAUAACGAUGACUACGUUCCCGACCAACACAACCGGUCCUACUCUACACUACAGACCCGUUCGCCCCGACCCCGAUCGCCGGGUCCGCCCCUCUCAACCUACUCGACCCACUCGUUA